UCGGUCCGUGUGUGCGUGUGCGCACGAGUGAGGAGGGCGAAAGCGGCCCUGGGGUAUUUCUGCCACCGAGGAGCAGUCAGCUGCACGCUUAACCGAGAGGAAACUGAUCUGGCUGGAAUAUUUGGCAUUGCCGAAAAACAUUUAGGAGGAAAGCAUUCCUCAUUUGCUUAAAUCACAGGUGGCGUGUGGAACCAAAGACAGCCCAGUGCUGGAUUCCCGAAGGACAGCUAGAGAUCACAGACCCUUGAGGUGAAAGAGGGUGCAUGGAUCGCUCAAGGACAAAGACUUCUGCCUACCUCUGGUUGGGCUUGGUCUCCGUGGCAGCAACCUUCUUCUGCGCAGAGGCGGGUGUCACGCCAAGCCCGUCCCUCUCGAAUAACAUCACAUGCAUCAGGGAGACAGAUCGAUGCCAGCCUGGCAUCAUCUUACCCAUUUGGUACCCCGAGGACCCUUCCAUGGGUGACAAGAUCGCCAGGGUCAUUGUGUACUUUGUGGCAAUGAUCUACAUGUUCCUGGGGGUAUCGAUUAUUGCGGAUCGCUUCAUGGCCGCCAUUGAAGUCAUCACCUCCCAGGAAAAGGAAAUAAUCAUCAAGCGUCCAAAUGGUGAGACUACAACAACGACAAUCCGAGUGUGGAACGAAACCGUGUCCAACCUCACACUCAUGGCGUUGGGCUCUUCUACCCCUGAGAUCCUUCUCUCUGUUAUCGAGAUUUGCGGGCACGAGUUCCACGCUGGCGAACUUGGCCCGUCCACCAUCGUAGGCAGCGCCGCCUUCAACAUGUUUGUGAUCAUCGGCCUGUGCGUGUCGGUGAUCCCAGAAGGGGAGGUCAGGAAGGUAAAACACCUGCGUGUGUUUUUCGUGACAACGGCGUGGAGCAUAUUUGCCUACAUCUGGCUCUACAUGAUCCUGGCUGUGUUCUCGCCCAACGUAGUCCAAGUAUGGGAAGGGCUUCUCACCUUGGCGUUCUUCCCCAUCUGUGUCAUUCUAGCUUGGGUGGCUGACCGUCGCCUGCUCUUCUACAAGUUUAUGCACAAGAAAUAUCGCACAGACAAGCACCGAGGCGUCAUUAUUGAGACGGAGGGUGACCGUUCAAAAGGUAUCGAAAUGGACGGAAAGAUGAUGAAUUCUCAUUUUGUCGAUGGCGGAGCUGCUAGUAAUUUGAUGGGCCUGAUUGAGGGCAAGGAGGUGGACGAUUCUCGCAGAGAUAUGAUCCGUAUCCUGAAGGACCUGAAGCAGAAACACCCGGAGAAGGAGCUUGACCAGCUGGUGGAGAUGGCCAACUAUUAUGCACUGUCACACCAACAGAAAAGCAGAGCGUUUUAUCGUAUCCAGGCCACGAGGAUGAUGACCGGCGCCGGGAACAUCCUCAAGAAGCAUGUGGCCGAGCAGGCCAAACGCAGCACUAGUGUUCAAGAAGUAAAUGCAGAAGAACCUGAGGAGUUUGUGUCCCGCAUUAUGUUCGAACCUGCCAUUUACCAGUGUCUGGAGAACUGUGGAGCCGUUCUGCUUACAAUAGUGCGUAAAGGUGGCGACAUCGCAAAGACAAUCUAUGUGGAUUAUAAAACGGAAGAUGGCUCGGCGAACGCUGGUGCGGACUAUGAGUUCACCGAGGGCAUGGUGGUGUUCAAACCUGGUGAGGUCGUCAAGGAGAUCACUGUUGGCAUCAUCGAUGACGACAUCUUUGAAGAGGACGAGCAUUUCUUUGUGCGGCUCAGUAACGUCCGUGUUCUGGAGACUGAGGAUGAGGUGUUGUCGCCCAGUAGCCUGCCGUACCCAAAGGCCUUGAUAGUAUUCCCUGCUGUUGCCACGGUUACCAUCCUCGACGAUGACCAUGCAGGCAUCUUCACUUUUGAAAGCGAGUCCAUGCACGUGAGUGAGAGUGUGGGCAUCAUGGAAGUGAAAGUGCUGCGGACGUCAGGAGCGAGAGGGACGGUCAUCAUUCCGUUCCGCACAGUGGAGGGACUCGCUAAGGGCGGUGGAGAGGACUUCGAGGACGCGUAUGGAGAGCUAGAGUUCAAAAACGACGAGACCUGUAAAACCAUACAGGUUAAAAUCAUCGAUGAUGAGGAGUAUGAAAAAAACAAAAGCUUCUAUCUGGAGCUAGCAGAACCUCACAUGGUGGACAUGAGCCUUCAGAAAGCUCUGUUAUUAGCUGAUGAUAUUCCAGACAGGAAGUUGUCAUCAGAAGAGGAGCAAGCAAGAAGAAUAGCAGAGAUGGGGAAGCCUGUGUUGGGCGAGCAUGCGAAAAUAGAGAUUAUCAUUGAAGAGUCGUAUGAGUUUAAGAGUACAGUAGAUAAGCUAAUUAAGAAGACUAACUUGGCUCUGGUUGUGGGCACAAAUUCCUGGAGAGAACAAUUCAUGGAGGCCAUAACUGUCAGCGCAGGAGAUGAGGAUGAGGAUGAAGGGGGAGAGGAACGUCUGCCAUCUUGUUUUGACUAUGUCAUGCACUUCCUGACUGUGUUCUGGAAGGUUCUGUUCGCCUGUGUCCCACCCACGGAAUACUGGAACGGGUGGGCAUGUUUCAUUGUUUCCAUAGUGGUCAUCGGUCUUUUGACUGCUGUGAUCGGUGACCUGGCUAGUCACUUUGGCUGCACCAUUGGCCUAAAGGACUCAGUCACUGCUGUGGUGUUCGUAGCCCUGGGAACAUCUAUCCCUGAUACCUUUGCCAGUAAAGUUGCAGCGGUGCAGGACAGUUACGCAGACGCGUCUAUCGGUAACGUGACCGGUAGUAAUGCUGUGAACGUUUUCUUGGGAAUCGGUGUGGCGUGGUCAGUGGCCGCCAUCUACUGGCACAUGCAGGGUCGUGCGUUCGAGGUGCCAGCAGGUUCCCUGGCAUUUUCUGUCACUCUCUUCACCAUCUUUGCCUUCCUGGCGGUGAGUGUCCUGCUGUACCGGCGCAGGCCUCAUAUCGGUGGAGAGCUGGGCGGCCCGCGCACACAGCGCAUCUUCACAACGCUCUUUUUCUUCGGUCUCUGGUUUCUCUAUAUCCUUUUCUCCAGUCUUGAGGCUUACUGUCAUAUACAGGGCUUCUGAAGAGAAGAGAUGGGGUGGGAAGGGGUGGGGGUUGGAAAGAGAUAUAUGGGAGGAAACUUCAAGCCGUAAGUAAGAGCUAAUUCAAAAAGGUCGCUACGGUUUUAAGCAGGCAUGGAUUUGAGCUUUAAAAAGGGACAUUCGUUCUUCAGAUGCCUUCACGCUGAAGAUGAAGAGUGUGAAACAUUUCUCUAAGGGGUGGGACAGUCUUAACCUGGAGUCUGAGCUUUUCACAGUCUAUAUUUUCCUCAACACCUACUGAGAAUGACUUUUUUCUAAUGAAGUAUUUUGGGAAAAAAAAUGCAUAAAAAAUUACAAAA